AUCUUGGCGAAAGGCCACGCAGAGCAAGAUCCGCAUCCACGAUGUCGGAGCUCCAGCUCAUCGUCGAGAAGCUCAACAAGGAGCCCUUCAACCACAACUUCACGCUCGUCGCCUUUGAUGAAAAAUCCAACUUUGAGCUGCUCCAGAUCCUCAAUGAGGUGUUCGCAGCGAUGGACUCGCGUCACAACGUCGACCUCCGCGACGAGCUCGACGAGCAGCGCACGUACCGGUACAUGGAGCUACUGCAGCUGCUCAAGUACCAGCUGCCGCCGGACCUCGACGGCUUUCGUGAAGGCUUGAGCCAUGGCGAGCGCUACGUGGUGUACCCGAUCUUGUACUGGGCGCUCAAGAGCUUUCCCGUGCACAAGAAGCGCGCAUACCUCGGGCGGUUCCUCGCGCCGCUUCAAGUGCCGCAAGAGUUCCUCGGCAACGACGGUCUCAACAGCAUGCACGAGCACUACAAGCAGCUCCAGAACGAGUUCAAAGCUGCGCACAAGCAAGUCGAACAGCUCCGCACGAGCAAGAUUCGUCCUGGCGAGCUGCGAAAGGAGAUCACGCAGCUGGAGGAAGAGUCGCACCAGCUCAGCGAGAAGAUCGCGCAUCUCAAGAAGAAGACGGCCAACGAGAGCGGCUUCAAAGACAUUUUGGAAGCGACAAGUGCGCUGCGGAAAGAGCAAGAAGAGCAAGCCAAACUCGCGGAGCGGAAGCGCGACCAAAUGAUGGGGCUCAACAUGGCGCAGAAGCGCAGCCGGGACUACGACCAGCGCCUUGGCGAGAUGCGCCAGAGCAUUACGACCAACAUGCAGCCAGACCAGCUCUUUGACCAGCUGCAGAACCAAGUGGACCGCCACCGGGACAUUCUCAUCAACAAGUUCCCGGCCGAGUUCCGCCUCCAGCAAGAGAAGCUUCAGCACCUCGACGCAGCGCUGAGCGAGCCCGCCAAGACCGAGGCCGACAUUGCCGACAUGGAAGACGAGAUUCAGAAUCUCAAAAACUCGAUCCAACACUUUUCCGACCAAUUGAACGAGACACAGAAAGCUGCGGGCGACGACAAGUUGGCGAUCUUCCGUCAGCACGCCAACAUCCAAACCAAGAAGCUCAACGACAAGAUCGACGAGCUCACCAAGGUCAAGCAAGAGAAACAGUCCCUCCAGCGCCAGCUCGAAGACCAAGAAGCCAAGAUGGCCGAGGUCUCGGGACCAAAGUUCAUGAAGCACAACGAGUUCAAGCAGUUUACCAACACGCUGCGUAUUAAGACCAACCAGUACAAGAAGAUGAAGGCCGAGCUGGCAGAGAUCACGGCCGAGUCGGUUGUCCUCCACCGCACGGAGCAGGUGCUGCGGAGCCGCGAUUCGGACCUCGACGGCCUCCUCAAGGACAUUGAGGCCUCGAAAGGCGUUGUCGGCUACAUGGACACGGAAGGCAAACUCAACGAAAUCUCGGAGCGCAACGCUCAAGUGAACGCGUUUAAGGGCGAGACCCUCGAGGAAAUCAGCCGCAUUGUGACCGACAUCAACCAGACGCUAAAGGAGCGCAAGAACCAGCUCGCGCCGCAGAUCAAGGAUCUCCGCGCCGUGCGCCAGCGCUACCAAGAGAUGGAGCAAACGUACCUGGAGAAGAAGGCGCAGUACGACAACACGGCCGUGGGCCUCGAGACCGAGCGCAUCAAGCUCGAGCAAGAGUGCACGGCGUUUCAGGACGACUGCCUCCGCGAAGAGAGCCAGUACCACCAGCUCCACGCGCUGCUGCAGAUCGAGUCGGCGCGCCUCGACAAGGUCACGCAAGAGGAAGAGUUUGAUAAAGGCAACGGAAAACUCCACCGCGACUUCCGCACGUUCCAAGAACUCUACAAGAACAAGGUCAUUCAGCAAGAGUCGCUCACGAAGGAGCUUCGGAAGCAGCAGAAGACGCUCAAGACCAACCUCGGCGACUACGUCAUCCAGCGCAACAUGUUUGACCAGCUUCUCAAGCUCCUUCAGUGCAAGGUCAAGCUCACGACGAACGAGCAAGGCAGCGCCAAGCAGGAUCUCUACAGCACGGCGGCCGACAUUGCGCAGUUCGACGUCGGCGGCGCGAACGUCAUGACCAUCGACGCGUAGCGCUGCCCCUUGUAGCUUGUCGUCUUUUAACUCGUUGGAUACAUUGCAUGCCCGCA